AUGAGGAGGAGACGCGAGACACAAAAGCGGGGCCCGAGGGGAAGUGGCGCCCGCUCAGCCCCCGCGCGCCGCGGGGCGCGCAGCCAUCGACGCCGCCUGGGCAGCGGCCGGCAAACUUUUGCGAGGCUGGCUCUCCGCGAGUGCCCGGGCCCGGGAGGGGGCCCUCCGCAUACUUCCGAGCAGGCUGUGCCCGCGCCGGUCCCCAGACGCCGAGGGGGUGCGCGCCCAACAAAGAGACCCGACUCCAGGCGGCGCCUCCGCGCGCGGCCGGCCGAGGUAGUGGAUGGGCGGGCACCGGCUGGCCCGGCCGGGUGCGGGGGACGGCGGGCCGGUGUCACUGACGGGGCUGCUGAACCUCGGCCGCCGCCGCCUCCCACCCAACUUACGUGUCACCCACGGCCCCGCUAUUCUGGCCAACGGGAUUCCGGGAGGAAGUCCCACUCGGGCUCCCCGCUCAUUGGGCCCGUCAGAGCCGCCGCUCCCUCCCUUCGGGGAGGCAGUGCGGGGCUCGAUUGGACGCCCGCUUUGUCCGUCCGACCCCGGGGCCGCGCCUUCCCUCCCACCGCGAGGGCCCGCGAGGGGCUCCGUGGGCAGCGCGGCCGCCUGGCGCCGGGGUGCGCCCACGUGGAGCGCGGGUGGGUGGGGAGAGCCCGCCGAGCCUGGGGCGGGGAGGUUGGGGUGCCCGGGCGACGUGUCCCGGCUUGCGGCUGGGCGAGCCAAUGGGCAGGUGCAGCAGACACACGGGAUGGCUAUACCGUCAGCAUAAUGGCAAAGCCUUUGUUUUGUGUGCGGAUCUGUUGUUGGUGGGAGCUCAGCUUAGCUGCUGAAGCCAAAGAACAUCGUUCAGAUUCCAGUCUCUGCUUCACUGAGUGGGGCAAGAUCUUCAGGAUAUUUGUAUGGGAGACUGAGAAGUUCAAGAUCUGUGGUCAGCAAGCUGGAGACCCAGAAGAGCUGAGGGCAAAUUUCCAAUUGAAGUUCAAAGGCCUGUGAACCAGGAGAGCAGCUGAUACGUGUCAACCCAACUUUGAGUCCAAAGGUAGAAGACUGAUGUUUCAAGUUGAAGACCUUAAGG